GAAAGGAAGAUCAGGGCAACUGUGAGAAUCACACCGAGGAAAUGGGAACGGAGAGUCGCGGCCCUAAUUAAGCCAUUUUAAAAUAUAAAUAUUCAUCGUAUUAACGUAAUUCGGGUGAAUGCUGUUGCUGUUUACAUUUAUUGACAGUGAUAACGUAGGUUAGUAAAAGAUCCAGGCCCGGGCCUCAGUCCGCGGUCUUGAGUUGAACAGCCAUCCGACAUCAGAGCGAGUGAGCCGGUGUGAUCAGCAGAGCCCGGCUGCACAUCAUGGGCGACAGCAGAGAUUCUCGUAGUCCAGACAGCUCAUCCGUUUCCUCACCACCAUCAGGUCAGCGUUCGCCCCCAUUGGCCCCUUCAGCCGCCGCCAUGACUUCCCUGCCACCCAUCACUUCGGCCGUGAACAGUCCCAUCAGCAGCAUGGGCUCACCCUUCUCCGUCAUCAGCUCCUCUCUGGGUUCUCCUUGCCUUCCUGGAACUCCCUCAGUAGGCUACGGCCCCAUCAGCAGCCCACAGAUGAACAUGUUUGCCAGAAACACAGAGAUCAACUCCACCGUGUCCAUGUCGGGACUGCAUGCAGUCAGCAGCUCUGAUGACGUCAAACCACCCUUCGGUUUGAAGCCGAUGUCCGCCCACAGCCCAGGGCCCAUGGUCUCUCAGAAACGCUUGUGUGCCAUCUGUGGGGACCGCUCCUCUGGCAAGCACUACGGCGUGUACAGCUGCGAGGGCUGCAAGGGCUUUUUCAAGCGCACUGUGAGGAAGGACUUGAGCUACACAUGCAGAGACAAUAAAGACUGUCUGGUGGACAAACGCCAGAGGAACCGCUGCCAGUACUGCCGCUACCAGAAGUGCCUGGCCAUGGGGAUGAAGAGAGAGGUGGUCCAAGAUGAACGACAACGAUCCGUUCAAGAGGAGCGUCAGAGGAACAAGGAGCGUGAAGGAGAGGUGGAGUCCACCAGCGCCGCGAACGAAGAGAUGCCUGUAGAGAAGAUUCUAGAAGCAGAGAUGGCCGUGGAGCAGAAGACCGAGCUGCAUGCGGAUGGCAGCUCAGGGGGAAGCUCUCCAAAUGACCCAGUCACAAAUAUCUGCCAGGCGGCUGAUAAACAGCUGUUCACUUUGGUGGAGUGGGCAAAACGGAUCCCUCACUUCAGUGAGCUGUCUCUGGAUGACCAGGUCAUCCUGCUGCGUGCUGGCUGGAAUGAGCUACUGAUCGCGUCUUUCUCUCAUCGCUCCAUCGCGGUGAAGGAUGGCAUUCUGCUGGCCACCGGCCUCCACGUGCACAGAAACAGUGCUCACAGCGCAGGGGUGGGAGCCAUCUUUGACAGGGAGAGUGCGCACAAUGCAGAGGUUGGGGCCAUAUUCGACAGGGUGCUGACGGAGCUGGUGAGCAAGAUGAGGGACAUGCAGAUGGAUAAAACCGAGUUGGGCUGCCUGAGAGCCAUCAUCCUCUUCAACCCAGAUGCAAAGGGCUUGUCAAGCCCAAGUGAAGUGGAGUUACUGAGAGAGAAGGUCUAUGCAUCGCUGGAGGCUUAUUGUAAACAGAGAUAUCCUGACCAGCAGGGCAGGUUUGCCAAGCUCCUCCUCCGGCUGCCAGCGCUGCGCUCUAUUGGCCUAAAGUGCCUUGAGCACCUGUUCUUCUUCAAGCUGAUUGGAGACACCCCAAUCGACACCUUCUUAAUGGAAAUGCUUGAAGCGCCACAUCAGCUGACCUAACCUGGACCAGUCUCGAUCCAGUUCAGUCCGGUUUGCACCAGGGUAUCGCACCCACCCUGGACUCUGGGGCUUUACGGUCUCACUUCCUGUUAACACCUUCCCCCACAAUUCUCUCCUACAUAUUCUUCCUGCCGCACCUUCAAACCAGUACAGCCCCGAAAAAAGACUCUAAGCUGUCUGAAAAAAAAAAAAAAAAACUUGUUUUCCAUGUAAUGUUUUACACAGUCUGAGCUGUCCAGAGAGAUUCCCUGGAGGAUCUAAAUCAAAAGCAUCGGUUUAAAGACUUCGGCUUCCAGUUUUAGAGAUCUCUGUGUGUCCUUUUGGUUUGUAUGUUACUUUGAAUGCACGAACUGUACUUUUUUUCAUUUGUCACUGCAGUUAGACAGCCCUUCGGCUGAAUUUACAGUGCAUGUGUGACCGGGGCGAGAAUCCGCCGAGCCCUUUGGUUGGUACAAAUCAAGUGGCGGCAGACCUGCCGGUUCGUUUUUGACUGUGGAAUACUGCUAACGUGCUAUCUUUGGGAUUUUUACCAUGAAAUCCUACUUUGUACUGUACUCAUGAAAUGAGUCUGAUUUAUAAACGGCAUUGGAAAUUCUCUGCCUGCUGCAUCUGGCCCUAUUAAAAAUGCAGGCUAGAGUUUUACAUUUGUGAAUAAAUGUAUGCAGGUUUUUGUUGGACAUGAGUUUUUGAUCAUGUUCCAAGGAGGGCCUAAAGGCACAGAUUAAAUCUCGCAGGAGAAUCCUGCUUUUUUUUUGGUGGCAAUAGGAGGGUCGACCUUGUUUUUCUUGAUUUGUGUUGUUUUUAAAUGAACAAAUAGAUUGGUUUUGGUUUUGGUACCUUCUAGAGGACCUUAUACCUUUGCCAUUCCAUAAUUCCCCCAAGUUCCUUUGAUCCAUAUCGUCACCAAUUCCUCUAAUGGGAACCAAAUCCACACCAUGCCCCCCAAAAGACAAAUAUUUAUAAAGUGUGUAUGUGUGCUGUGAAGUAUGUCCAACCACUCUUGUCCUUUCCACGUGAUCGGUGUAGCAGGCCUUUUUCUUUUGUGUUUAGGAAAUCAGCUUGUCUUUGGCCUUGUUUUGAUUUAACUGGUACUAACUUUGGCAUAGUAAAAAACAGAGGUGGUUCUGGUUUGUGUAAAGGCUGGAAUACACUACAUGAUUUUUACACCAGGCUUGUUCCCAAAAGUUGGAGCCAGUCAGCAGUUUUUGGACAUUCAGGAUUGACUGAUUUCACAGAAAACUGCAUUGUGUUUGAUGGGCACAGACUACAAUUUUUUGAGCUCGAGACUAUGAUUCCAUCCAGUCAGAGAAUAUCAAACAUGUAAGCCGAUUUUUUUAGAACGCAGUAGAAUCACCUUCUACAUUCCAUCCGUACAGGUUGCUUCCCUCAUAGCGACUGGCAAGAAUGUAUUAUCGAACACAUCUGUCUUAUUCAACAGAGACUAGGGUCAUGUAAGAAUUCUGCGUUCAAUCUGAAAGGUCGACGUGUCAAAACCAGCAUCCAUCACAAUCUCUAUGCAUUUAUGUGAGUGAUAUUGUAUAGUCUUGGAGAAAGACUGAACAUGCCAUCAGGGAAAGAAUUCAGGCCGUUAAACAAUCCAGCAAAUGCACCAGUAUUAAUGGUGGAUACCAUUUUCUGUACUUAAACCUGUAGGUUUUUGUGGCUCCAACCAAGGAAUUUUAGGCAGAGACUUGAGAUCAAAUACUGAAAGUAUUUGAAGUUUUUAUAACGAAGAAUAGCUAGAGAUUGCAAGUGGUCCCACCGGUUUUGGUGCUAAUUAUGACAACGGUUAGACCAAAAUAGACGCACAGCUGUAAUCAAGAUAUGCAAUUUCUCCAAUAAGCUUGAAUUUGAUAUGCAAACUUCUGCAUAGCGGUUUCAAUUAUAGUAUCAAGCUUGAUGCAGAUUAUUACUAUCUGAACUCUUGUACAAGUGUUUUAUACAUUCAUGAGGUGCUUAAUUUUUCAGUUUCAGAGUAUAAUCAUGAGCAUCAGUUGAGAUGGUUCACUAGGACUGAUGGACUUACUGUAAUCCAGAAUACAUUAGCCAUUGACAUGUGACUGAAUCCAGACUUCCAAUCACAGCUUUGGGUGUCCUAGCUUAACUUCCCCAUGUGUUUGUUUUGUUAAGGCCAGUGGUUGGAAGAAUCCUGUUUUUAAGUCUUUUUAAUGUGAUCAACAACUGACCUCUGGUCCUUAAAUUUGGCUUCCAAGUAGUUUAGAGUUUUCUGUAUUUUCUUGCAUGUUUCCAUUUAUCCAGGUAUUGAAGCUAAUGGGGUUGGUGUUGAUGGUCUGCUCUAUAUCUAAGCGAUGGGUGGGAAGGCUUAUUUGAUGGUGUACUGUAUGCUUGUGUUUCCCGUGGGCGACUCGAGUCGAGUUUUCAAUCUGCCUGUGGGGGGUGUGUGUGUGUGUGUGUGUGUGUGUGCAGCAAUCCGGAGGAAGUCCUGUGUGAAAGAUGCAUACAAGAGUGCAAUGGCCCCCGUCUCCUUUUACUUGAUUGCAGUUUGCCAUAAUUGCUUGAAUGCAUAUUAAUCCAGACAUACUCUGUGAGCUUGUGUGUUCGUGUGGCCGACCCUCCCUGUCUUUUGGGGUCCACUUUUUUUUUUCUCUUUCUUCCCCAAAAUUGUUACUUUUUCACAAUCUCAGCUCUCUAGGGUUGCAAAGCAUUCAUAAAAAUGAAUAUAAGGCUUGCACAGAUUUUUGUAUAAUUUUCGGUCUCAUAAUGAUGAACCGUAACCCCUGAAUUACCCAUGAUGCACCUGAACUGAUUCAGCACUGCCAAACAGGUGUGAGGGGAGUGUGUUCGUGACUAACCCCUAGUGGUUGACUGUGUACUGUGAUGAUCACUAAACAGAGCCCCUAUUGCAACUAUUAAUACAGAGCUGAGUCCGAGAUCCGGAGGCUUCUGUUCUGCGUUUUUCUAAGGCCUUGUUGCUGCAAUUUUGGACACACAUGGGAAAGCCCUCCUGUAUGUGUAUCUGAAGCCGAGUGGCGCUCUGAAAUAUGCACAGUGCACACUUGAAUUAUUCUCUGCCUGAGAACGAAGUGGUUAUGCACGCUACAGUCUGAGAGCUGAUUCACUUUUAUCUGCGUUGGUGCUUUAUUGCUGAAUGUUUGCUUGUGUAAAGAGAGAAAUAUGCAUUAGAUAUGAGUGAAGUCAUUUGUGAAGGUGAAGUGGGUUCAUACUGGUGAAUCGCAAAAAAACUGAGUUCGGGUCAUACAUCACAAAAUCGAAAGAAGGAAAUAUUUAAUUCUAUUUUUAGGACCUUUUUAAUGCACAUUUUCAUUUUUCAUCAGUGUAUCAAAAGUAAGUGAUAUGUCAUUUAAAUUGUACUUUUUUUUUUCUGCCGUUUUAAAUCAAAAUCACUGACCUGCACUAAUGAAUAUCAUUAUUUAGGAUAAUUGGAAUUGAAUUGAUUUUAUUUUUCCAUAUUGAUUUUGAGGUGUGAUGUGACCUGGACAUGUUUUUUGUGAGAUUCACUCCUUCAGGAUCCUGUACAGCUGAAGGAGGGCUAUAUGAUGAUGAUUUUGUAUUUGUGAGGGGGUGGGUCGAUGAAAACGGUGAUUGUUUAACGGGAGGCUUUAAGAGAUUACGGACUUGAUAUGAAAGAGCUUUCUUAAUUUUCUCCCAACAAAAGAAAAAAAAUAUUGUUUCUCACUAUGUUUUCUGGCUGGUCUUUUCUCAUGCUUUACAUCUUUGUGUAUCCUGACGUAUUAGUGCAAAACUUUGUUAUUUGGGGUCUUUUCCCCCUCACACCCUUCCCUCUUCAUUUUUCUUGUCUAGUUUUGAAUCUGUCUCCAGCAGUUGUGGAAAUGAUUGAGUGUGGAGAAAGGAAAAUGUCUUUCUUUUUGCUUUAUUGUCAUUAAUUCAGAAACUGUUUUUGUUGUAUGUACCAUGUGUAAGUAAAGGUUUUAAUACAGCA